UAAUACACUCUUGAAUCGAAUCACAGUUCAAUCUUUUUUUUUUUUUGGACAAAAAACGAGAAAAAGGGGGAAAAAAAGGCAGAGGAUUUAGCAGACAGAUCGACUGUUUCCUCUUCCUCUCUCCCUCUCAAUUACUUUGGGUACUACACGUGAAUCCUUGAGGGUGUUCAUCAAUGGUGUUCGUUUUCUGUUUUUAGUUGGAUCAGUCCCACCAAACCCGGAGAAGAAAACCCUAAAAUACUCCUCCCUCUUUUUGCAUUCCAAUUCUCCAGAUUUCGCAUUAUAUAUAUAUGCCCACGACCUGAUUUCUCCGCCGUAUAUAGCAAAAAAAUAACCCAGAUUCCUGAAAACCCUCGAUUUCUGCGGAGAAAGAAGGGAGCCUCUGUUUUCGAAUUCGCCAUGAACGCCGAACCCGUCAAUGGAGGAUCCGUACAGAUCCGCACCCAGGACGGGACGCGGAAGCUUCCCAAUUUCUUGCAGAGCGUCAACAUGAAGUACGUGAAGCUGGGUUACCAUUACAUCAUAACCCACAUGUGGAAGCUCUGCUUGGUCCCGUUGAUGGCGAUCGUAGCCUUAGAGGCCUCUCGGCUUAGCCCAGAUGAUCUCCGACAUCUCUGGAUCCAUCUCCAGUACAACCUCGUCGGCGUCAUCGUCUUCUCCGCCGUUCUCGUCUUCGGGUCCACUGUCUACAUCAUGACCCGACCCAGAUCCGUUUUCCUCGUUGACUAUUCUUGCUACAAGCCUCCAUCGCAUAUGCAGGUCAAGUUUCAGAAAUUCAUGGAUCAUUCGAGGCUCAUUGAAGAUUUCGAUGACUCGUCGCUCCAGUUUCAGAGGAAGAUUCUCGAGCGUUCUGGUCUCGGCGAAGAGACGUAUCUCCCGGAGGCUCUCCACUGUAUCCCUCCGAAGCCGACAAUGGCGGCGGCUCGAGAGGAGGCGGAGCAGGUAAUGUUCGGUGCCCUCGACAGUCUGUUCGAAAAUACCAAGAUUAAACCUAGGGACAUUGGUAUAUUGGUCGUGAACUGUAGUUUGUUCAACCCAACUCCCUCGUUAUCUGCCAUGAUCAUUAACAAAUACAAGCUUAGAGGGAAUAUCAAAAGUUACAAUCUUGGAGGAAUGGGUUGUAGCGCAGGUGUCAUCUCCAUUGAUCUUGCCAAGGACUUGUUGCAAGUUCAUAGGAACACUUAUGCUGUUGUGGUUAGCACAGAGAAUAUCACUCAGAACUGGUACUUUGGUAAUAAGAAAUCGAUGUUGAUCCCCAAUUGCUUGUUCCGCGUUGGUGGAGCCGCGAUGUUGCUGUCCAACAAGUCAGGUGACAGGAGACGGUCGAAGUACAAGUUGGUUCACACUAUCCGAACCCAUAAGGGUGCUGAUGAUAAGGCUUUCAAAUGUGUGUACCAAGAACAGGACGACAAUGGCAAAACCGGUGUUUCUCUGUCCAAGGAUCUAAUGGCUAUUGCUGGGGAAGCCCUUAAGACAAAUAUCACCACUUUGGGUCCACUAGUUCUUCCGAUAAGCGAGCAGCUUCUGUUCUUCAUGACUUUGGUCGCUAAGAGACUGUUCAACGCAAAGAUCAAACCUUACAUCCCCGAUUUCAAGCUCGCCUUUGAGCAUUUCUGUAUCCACGCGGGUGGAAGAGCGGGGAUUGAUGAGAGAGCGGUGAUUGAUGAGCUUGAAAAGAAUCUGCAGCUGUCGCCAACACAUGUGGAGGCAUCGAGAAUGACGCUACACAGGUUUGGUAACACUUCUUCGAGCUCCAUUUGGUAUGAACUGGCUUACACCGAGGCUAAAGGCAGGAUGAGGAAAGGAAACCGGGUAUGGCAGAUUGCUUUCGGAAGCGGGUUCAAGUGUAACAGCGCGGUCUGGGUGGCUUUACGCAAUGUCAAGCCUUCGGUCAACAGUCCUUGGGAAGAUUGCAUCUACAGAUACCCUGUUAAGAUUGAUCUUUGAUUCACCCCCCAGAAAAAAAAAACUCAACUUAGAUUGGUCUUGGACAAUGGUCGGUCCAAAUUUACAGUCUGGUCUGAUAUUUUCUUGUCAUGUCAUACGCUUCUUCUGCCCACUGCUUUGAUCGUUUAGUCUGUGUUAGUUGUUGAUUACGAGGGUUAUCUUCAUUUUUUCCCUACUUGAUCAAGAAAACCCGUUAAUGGUAUUGAAUCAUUUUGAAGGUUUUGUUACUCAA